AUGGCUAAAUCUGGUCGUACUAAGCAAAAGGAAGCAGAUCUCGAGUACAGUGUGGCAAAGCAGGUUGAGAAAAUGAUAAGUGAAGUGCAUGAGCAAGCACUUCUCUCCUGUGAUGUCAUUCACCAUGAGAGGAGAAUAUUAUUAAAACAAGAAAUUAGUAGAAUGGUUCUGUUUUUUACUGAUCAGCCAAGUUUAUUGGCUCCAAACAUCCAGAUGGUAUUCUCUGCCCUGGCUUUGGCACAGUCUGAGGUUAUCUGGUAUUUCCAACAUGUAGGAAUUGCAUCAUCGAAAUCUAAAGCUGCUCGAGCAGUACCAGUUGACAUAGAUCCAAAUGAUCCAACUAUUGGCUUUUUACUAGAUGGAAUGGAUCAUCUAUGCUGUCUUGUGCGCAAGUAUAUUGCAGCUAUCCGAGGCUAUGCAUUAUCAUACCUGUCUUCAUGUGCUGGUAGAAUCCGGUUUUUGCUGGGAACUCCAGGAAUGGUGGCUCUUGACCUUGAUGCUAGCUUAAAAGGGCUUUUCCAGCAGAUUGUUCAGCAUUUGGAAAACAUACCAAAAUUGCAGGGUGAAAAUAUUUCCGUCAUCACAUGUGAUUUAUCUGAGUUUCGUAAGGAUUGGUUGUCAAUAUUGAUGAUUGCCACAUCUGCUAGGUCAUCUAUAAACAUAAGACACUUGGAGAAAGCUACUGUCUCUACUGGCAAGGAAGGCUUACUGUCAGAAGGAAAUGCUGCAUACAAUUGGUCCAGAUGUGUUGAUGAACUAGAGUCCCAAUUAUCAAAGCAUGGAAGUCUAAAAAAGCUGUAUUUCUACCACCAGCACCUUACAGCAGUUUUUCGAAACACCAUGUUUGGACCAGAAGGACGUCCUCAGCAUUGCUGUGCGUGGCUUGGGGUUGCUAGUAGCUUUCCAGAGUGUGCUUCUCCAAUUGUUCCUGAAGAGGUGACUAAAAUUGGGCGAGAUGCAGUCCUAUAUGUUGAGUCUCUUAUUGAAUCCAUCAUGGGAGGAUUGGAGGGAUUGAUCAAUAUUCUUGACUCCGAAGGAGGAUUUGGUGCCUUAGAGACUCAGCUUCUUCCAGAGCAAGCAGCUUUUUAUUUGAAUAACACAUCCAGAGUUCUAAUUCCUACAUCAAAAUCUCCCAAGGGAGCGGCUGGUUUUCCUUUGCCUGGUCAUGAGAGCUUUCCUGAAAACAAUAGUGCUAUAAAAAUGUUGGAAGCUGCGAUGCAAAGGUUGACCAACUUGUGUUCAGUUCUGAAUGAUAUGGAGCCCAUAUGUGUUCUAAACCAUGUCUUCGUUCUGAGGGAGUACAUGAGAGAGGGAAUACUUGGCAACUUCAGAAGGAGAUUGCUUGCGGUAUUGAAAACUGACAAUGAUCUUCAACGGCCUUCUGUCCUAGAGUCCUUAAUUCGUCGGCACAUGAGUAUUGUGCAUCUAGCAGAGCAACACAUCAGCAUGGACCUUACUCAUGGUAUUCGAGAAGUUCUACUAACUGAGGCUUUCUCAGGACCUGUGUCUUCUCUUCACUUGUUUGAAAAACCAGCAGAGCAGUUUACUGGGUCAGCCACUGAAGUUGUCUGCAACUGGUACAUAGAAAACAUUGUCAAGGAUGUAUCAGGUGCUGGAAUUCUGUUCACACCAAUACACAAAUGCUUUAAAAGCACAAGGCCUGUUGGUGGAUAUUUUGCAGAGUCGGUCACUGGUCUCACAGAAUUACAGGCUUUUGUUCGUGUAUUCGGUGGCUAUGGAGUUGACAGGCUCGACAGAAUGAUGAAAGAGCACACAGCAGCACUCUUGAAUUGCAUUGACACAUCAUUGCGGUCAAACCGUGAAGUGUUAGAGGCAGUUGCUGGAAGCAUGCAUUCUGGUGACAGAAUAGAAAGAGAGGCAUGUUCGAGGCAGAUUGUGGACUUGGACACUGUAAUUGGAUUUUGCAUUGAGGGAGGACAAGCACUUGCUUUUGAUCAGCUUCUUGCUGAAGCUGCUGGGGUUGUGCUUGACGAGGGUGCACCCUUGAUAUAUUCACUAAUUUCUGGGGUGGUUAAGCAUAUACCUGAAGAAAUACCUGAAAAGAAGGAAAUCAGAAGAAUAAGAGGGGUGGCAAACAAUGUUAAUAUAGUUGGAGAUCAUGAUUCUGAAUGGAUCAGAUCAAUUUUGGAAGAUGUUGGUGGAGCAAAUGAUGGUUCUUGGACAUUGUUGCCUUAUUUAUUUGCCACCUUCAUGACCUCAAAUAUAUGGCAUACUACUGGCUUCAACGUUGACACAGGAGGCUUCAACAACAACAUCCAUUGUCUGGCAAGGUGUAUGAGUGCUGUGAUUACAGGUAGUGAGUUAGUGAGAUUGGAACGUGAACAUCAGCAAAGACAGUCCCUCUCUAAUGGCCAUCUUGGUGAGGCUUUGGAUCCUGAAAUACAUAGCCGUUUGUCUGCUGAAGCAAGUAUAAAGUCUUCAAUGCAGCUUUUUGUCAAAUUUGCAACUGGUAUCGUGCUAGAUUCUUGGAGUGAAGCUAAUAGGUAA